AUGAACGGCGUGACGGUGGGCGGGGUGGGGCGGGUGGUGGGGACGGUGGUGCUGCUGGUGGGCGCGGUGUGGGCGAGGCACUACUGCAUCGUGGUCCGGCGGAGGAAAAUGCGGAGGAACGCCAGCGACGAGGCCAACCCCGACGUGGUGCCCAGCGUGGGCACGUCGUAUGACCAUCCUAGCGGGCCCGGCGAGGCUUCCCGACAUCGCUUCUGGACUAAGGACGCCUACCCCCCGGGGGCGGGCCCCAGCUCCGCCGGCGACGACGACGCCUGCGCGGGCGGCCUCAGUCGCCAGAGCAUCGCGGAGGAGGACGAGGACCAGGACUCCGACGGCGACGUGGGCGGGGGCUUCCCCGCCGCCGCCGCCCGCGGGGCUCGUGGGGUCACGGGCGGCAACAGGCACAGCAUCGCCGCCUUCAUGGGCGGCCGAGGCUCCGACGAGAACGUGGGCGGCGUGCGGGGCAUGGGGACCCGCAACCGCCACAGCUUCGCGGGCGGGGUCGGCGCCCCCGGCUACUCGGCCGGGAUGAGCCGACACAGCUUCGCGGGCGGCCCGGUGCGCCACAGCCUCUCGGGCGGCUUCGGCCGGCACAGCAUGGGCGGCGGCGGCAUGCCCGGGGGCGGCAUGGCGGCGGGCGGCGGCCUGAGCGGGGGCGUGACCGUGCCGCGCACCGGAGGCGCGAUCAACAGGCACAGCUACGGAGGGCGGCAGGGCUCGGCCGGCAGCCUGGGCGGCGUGGGCGCCUGGGGUCGCCCGGGCGGCUCGGGGCGUGGGCUCCCCGUGCGGGUGGCAGCGCCACGGGUCGCCCGUGCGGGUGGGCAGCGCCAUGUCGGGCGGGUCGGGCGGCCGCAUGGCCAGCCUGGGGUCCGCGGGGCGGCUGGCGAGCCCGGGGUCCUCGGGCAGCCAGACGCCCGUGUCGGGCGGGGGCUUGAGCAGGCACAGCUUCGCGGGCGGCAUCGGCCAGGCCCGGGCGGGACCAACAGGCACAGCUUCGCGGGCGGCAUGAGCGGCCAGCGGUCGGCCGGCAGCCUGGGCAGCCUGGGCAAGGUGGCGGGCGGCAGCCGGCACAGCUACGCGGGCGGCUUCGGCUCGGGCGCGGGCGGCGUGGUGGUCAACCCGCUCGGCCAGACCUUCACCCUGCCCGCACGGCCCCGAGGCGAGAUCUUCCCCGGAGGCAGCCUUCCGCGUUCCCUCAAAGAUAUCAAAAUGUCGACCAUUGCCCCGCGCCGAUGUCCACUGCCCCGUUGACCAACUCAUGAAGUCCACCGAGACCGUCGUCUAGGAGAUCACCUGAUCAAGCUCCGCCUCUUCCCGCUUUGUUGCUGCCAUAUGCUGAUCCUCGCUCACCACGAACCAAUAUUUUCAUUUUUAAAUAAAAGUCAUGUAUAG